UUUCUGUCACGUCGCAUACCGAGUGGGACAGAAUUCUGAAUAGAACUGACCUCCACACGCAGGAGCUGGCAAUUUGUAGAAGGUGGCAGGGAAUUGAUUGAUCAGGCAGAGGAGAAAGCGCUGGGCACUCCUCCUUUCUUGCAGCAGAGAUGAGCAGCUCGGAUGCCCCAAGCAGAAGCAGGAGAUCUCAGCAGUUGCCGGUGGAGGUACUGGCGCGGGUGUUGUCGCUCUUACGAGAUGCCGAGUCCUUCAUCCGGUGUAUGGCGGUCAGCCGGGAGUGGCACCAGGCGGCCAAGCAUGUGGACUGCCUUUUCUUCGAUGGCUACCAGUACAGGGACAGGCUCUCCGGACAGGAUGCGGAGGCAAUGAUCACAAAGACGAUAAUGUCAACGACGCGACUGCGUUCGCUGUCAGUCAUGCACGACGACCCCGACAAGUGGCUCUCAGACUCGACCGUGAUUGCCUGGAUCAUCCACACACGCGCCACACUGCGCGAGCUGCUGAUUUCAAACAGUCGGGAGGGCAACAACAAGAUUCACCGCCACCAUCCAACGCUGUUCCGUGCCCUUUACGAGCAGCUGCGCAACAGCAUGGUUGAAAAGCUGGGGCUCGACUAUGUCAUCAUCCCGCCCAGCAUCCCCCCGGCCUUGCUCCCUAACCUGCACAGCCUCCGCUUGUACGACGUGCGCAUCGCAUCGGCGACCCUGACGGCGUUCAUCGCCGGCUGCUCUGCACUCGAGCUGCUGCGCCUGAUCGACCUGCGCGACUGCGAGUCUGUGGACCUGCAUUGCCCCAGCCUCAAGGAGUUUGUGGUGGAAGAGACGGCGGCCGUUGGCAGCAUACGGCUCGACUGUCCCCGGCUCAAAAGGUUGCUUCUCCGUGACGUGGGCGGCAUUGCAUCCUUGACUGUGGAGGACGGGAGUAAGCUCAAGAAGGUGGAGAUCUUCACGGAGGACUGCAAGCCGACGAUCGACAUCCGGCACGCCGCGAGCAUUCAGCACGCCCAUCUGCUAUACAAGGGCGACUCAUGGACGCACCUGGCGGAGUUCGUGGGGGGGAUGGGGUGCCUGCGCGAGCUGGGGGUGUGCAUCCAGGACGACGACAACCCCCCCCCGGUAGACUUAGAAGACUUUGCGUUACUGUGCCCCGGGCUGCGAACCCUGGGCAUUGGGCCCGAAUUGUGGGAGCGCCUCGCGCAGGGGGACUUCCGGCGGGGGCGCUCGCGCUGGCACGACCUGUCCCAGCUGAGUAUCGACACCUUGCGCGUGGAUUGCGUGGUGUCACUGCUCAGCGCCGUUUUGGAGCGGUGCCCUUCGCUCGAGACACUCAAUCUGGGGCCGCGAGCUCCAGAAGACUCGUGGGAAGAUGCGGUGUCAAGUUUCACGACGUCGCUCAUAACCAUCGCGCAAAAGUACCCAGCGGUCAAAGUUGAAGUCGAUUUUGACCACUCCUACACGAUCGUCCCGUUCUGAAAGCUGCCUUAAGCGCGAAAGGUAUGGUGUUAGGGUUUCAGGCCUGCGGUCUUGUGUCUGCGCCUUGUCUAAGCGGUCGAUUAGUAGAAGGUGAAGAAGGAUCCCCUCCAGAAGCAGCUCUGCUUUUAGCGCAGUCACCAUACAGUUGUCGCUAGAGUAGUAGAAUGCAAAAUGCAAAGACGAAUGAAAAGACGCGCCCAAGUUACGGUGUUCGUUCUUGGCUCCCAAUAGCAGCUAAUAAGACAGCUGGCAAGCUUUGCGACGAAGGCUGCUCGCUAGUUGAUUUCAUAAGCAGUUUUGAUGUGGCCGGUUGUCGGCAUCUAAACUCAUUAUUAGAAAUAAGCUGCCAGGUAAAGCUGAAUGCCGAAAUACGCCUAUGAGCCUAGAGCCAAUUGCUCAGUGACG